CAAACGGGCGGUUACUCUCCUUUGAACCAAAUAAAGUUGCGCGGUUUCGUUUGUUCAAAAGAACGGCAGUCCGAGCGCAGCCCCAAGCCGCGGUGCAAAUUUCUUUCUCAGAAGUUUGCCCUCCUCAUUCGCCAUUGAAGUUAUCUUUUUCUCUCAUCAAAGUGGCAAGCUACCUCCCUUCUCAACGAGACUAUGUCCUCCGGCUCUCCUCAAGUUCGAAUCAAUCAGUUCUUCGCCUCUAAGAAACGAAGUUCCGAGAAAAAUCCAAAAAGCUCGUUUACCGGAUCUCCCAAGGGCAGUCUAGCUGGAUAUUUGGUUAAAUCUCCGAAUGCAAACACCCACUCUACCCCCAACGACACUUCUUCGCGCACCGGCCCGGUUAAGAGGAAUUUGACAUUGGAGAUUGGGCUGGGUUCUGUCAUCGCCGAGAAACCUUUAUCGUCAUCUCCAGAGUUUACAGGUGUCUCAAAGACGGAUGAAAGUGUUUUUAAGAAUCAAACAGGAGCUCUUUCUGAAGCUUUGGUUGCCCGUGAGGUUAUCAGUGCAGAAGCUCCUUCUAAGGAAGAAGUGGCGUUGGAGUCAGGUGGAGAGAAUUUGGAGCUCAAAAAGUUUGCAAAUGAUUUCCUCUCUUUGUAUUGCAGUGAUCUUCAAUCUGCCUUACCGGAGACAAGAGAGGCUAAAGGAAGAAAACGAGAUGGCAGUCUUUUGUUAUCCUCCUGCAGUAAAAAGCACUGCAUCAUAGAUAGAGUUGUUACAAGAGUUGAUACACGUGAGAAUGCUUCUGAGGUGGCAGUAUCUAAUGGUUGCAAAGAAAUUGGUGAGGCUGAUACUUUUCGUGUCAGCUUAAGAAGAUGUAGUAAGUCUCCAGAUCUAAAAUCAGUAAAGUACGGGUUUAAUGCGCUUGUUUCAUCUGUUGAAACCCCUAAAUCUGUCUCUAGAAGUUCCAAGUUCUCACCAGGGGAAGAAUUUUGGAAUGAAGCAAUUCAAGUUGCUGAUGGUUUAAUUAUUCCAUUCGAAAGGCUCCUUGAAAGUUCACAAAUUUCAAUAAAUGAGAGGUCUUGCAAGAUAUUUUUAAAAGAUGCUUCAUCUUGUGUUGCUCCUCAGAAUUCUGAAUAUCUUUGUAAUUUAGAUAUUGUUAAGUCAGAAGCACAAAAUGUUGCAGGAAAUGCUAUAAUGAAGUCUGAAGAAAUUAAAAUGCUACCUAUUCAGCAGAAUGCAAUGUCACCUUUGACAGUAAGGCAUUUUGAUUUUAUCCACGAGGAGAACAAUAACGACAAGAAUUCUGAUCAGGGUGGGCAUGUAGAUAGUGAUUCCGUAAAUGAUCAAAAAGUACAUGAUAAUAGUUGUGAAAGCGAGGCAUUCAGAAAAGUUUUUGAUAAAAAACAGAACAGAAAUAACACACGAAUGUUGAAUGGAAAGUUGCGUCAACCCGUUCCUGAUUUUGCCAAAUACGUUGGAAAUGUGGGGAGAAGUGCUAAUUCAUCACAUGUUGGUUUGACAAAUAUUUCUGCUUUACAUGAAAAUAUGGAUGCUCAAGUCCAGCAUGAAGAAAACAAUACACCAGCUACUUCUAUCUCUUUGAGGGAUAAUUUGCUGCUUAGCAAUUGGCUCCCUUCUGAACUUGUUGGUGUUUAUUCGAAGAAAGGCAUUACAAAACUCUAUCCUUGGCAGGCUGAUUGUCUUCGUGUAGAUGGUGUUCUGGAGAGAAGAAAUCUUGUGUAUUGUGCAUCUACGAGCGCUGGCAAAAGUUUUGUUGCUGAAAUUUUGAUGCUAAGGAGAGUUAUAGCAACAGGAAAAAUGGCGCUUCUUGUUCUUCCCUAUGUAUCAAUUUGUGCUGAAAAGGCGGAACAUUUGGAACUACUACUAGAGCCUCUUGGCAAGCAUGUUCGUAGCUUCUAUGGUAACCAAGGCGGUGGCUCGCUUCCUAAAGAUACAUCAGUAGCUGUUUGUACAAUUGAGAAAGCCAAUUCGUUGAUUAAUAGGUUGCUAGAAGAAGGACGUCUUUCUGAAGUUGGAAUUAUUGUGAUUGAUGAACUUCAUAUGGUUGGUGACCAACAUAGAGGAUAUCUUCUGGAGCUAAUGCUGACUAAGCUGCGUUAUGCUGCUGGAGAAGGGAUCUCAGAAUCUUGUAGUGAAGAGGGUUCAACAAACAGUAGUGGAAAAACAGAUGUUGCAUGUGGUCUGCAGAUUGUUGGAAUGAGUGCCACCAUGCCUAAUCUUUCAGCCGUGGCUGAUUGGCUUCAAGCAGCACUGUAUCAGACUAAUUUUAGACCAGUCCCACUAGAGGAAUUCAUUAAAGUAGGAAAUACCAUUUAUGAUAAAAAGAUGGAUGUUAUUCGUGUUUUACCAAAACCUGCUGACCUUGGCGGAAAAGACCCAGAUCAUAUUGUGGAACUUUGCAAUGAGGUUGUUCAAGAGGGUCACUCAGUGUUAUUAUUUUGCUCCAGCCGGAAAGGUUGCGAAAUAACUGCAAGGCAUAUCUCCAAGUUCUUAAAAGGGUAUUCUAUUUCCAUGCGUGGUGUUGACUGUGAAUACAAAGAUUAUUCCUCAGCUAUUGAAGCCUUGAGAAGAUGUCCUUCUGGCUUGGACCCCAUUUUUGAAGAAACUUUACCUUCUGGUGUAGCGUAUCAUCAUGCUGGCCUUACGGUUGAGGAAAGGGAGAUAAUAGAAAUGUGUUAUCGCAAAGGAAUUGUGCGUGUUUUGACUGCUACAUCAACAUUAGCCGCUGGUGUUAAUCUACCUGCCAGGCGGGUUAUAUUCAGGCAGCCACGGAUUGGCCGUGAUUUCAUCGAUGGAACUCGAUAUAGACAAAUGGCUGGCCGUGCUGGUCGAACUGGAAUAGAUGCUCGAGGAGAAAGUAUACUUAUUUGCAAGUCUGAUGAGAUGAAAAAAGUUAUAGCCAUUCUCAAUGAUAGUUGUCCCCCUUUGCAAUCGUGUCUUUCUGAAGAGAAAAAUGGCAUGACUCAUGCAAUUAUGGAGGUGGUUGCAGGGGGCAUUGUGCAAUCAGCACAUGACAUUCAUCGUUAUGUCAGAUGUACCCUUCUGAAUUCCACUAAACCCUUUGAAGAUGUUGUGGCAUCAGCUCAAGAUUCUCUUCGAUGGUUAUGCCGUAAGAAAUUUCUCGAAUGGAACGAAGAAACUGGGUUGUAUAGUUCAACACCUCUUGGCCGUGCUUCAUUUGGCAGUUCUCUUAGUCCCGAGGAAUCAUUGGUUGUUCUGAAUGAUCUUUCGAGAGCAAGAGAAGGAUUUGUGCUUGCAUCUGAUUUACACUUGGUUUAUCUGGUGACACCCAUCAAUGUUGAGGUGGAGCCUGAUUGGGAGCUGUACUACCAAAGGUUUAUGGAAUUGCCUCCCUUGGACCAGUCUGUUGGCAAUCGAGUGGGAGUGGCGGAGCCUUUCUUGAUGCGCAUGGCACAUGGUGCUCCAAUGCCCGUUCAAGACCAAUUAAAAGAAAUAAAAAGGAGUCCGAAUGGCAAGUUGAAUAGAAGGAGUGCGAUGAAGCACAAUGACCUUCUUUCAAAUGAACAAUCUCUUCGAAUCGCUCGACGCUUCUUUGUGGCACUUAUGCUCUCAAGACUUGUACAGGAAGUCGCUGUUUCUGAUGUUUGUGAAGCAUUCAAAGUUGCCAGAGGAAUGAUUCAGGCCUUACAAGAAAAUGCUGGAAGAUUUGCUUCAAUGGUUUCCUUAUUUUGUGAGAGAUUAGGUUGGCAUGAUUUGGAAGGUCUUGUUGCCAAAUUCCAAAACCGGGUCUCAUUUGGGGUGAGAGCAGAAAUUGUUGAGCUUACUACCAUUCCAUUUGUGAAGGGGUCACGGGCGAGGGCGCUUUAUAAAGCUGGUUUGCGCACUCCUCUUUCAAUUGCAGAAGCAUCCGUCUCUGAUAUUGCUAAUGCUCUAUUUGAAUCUUCUUCCUGGUCCGGACAAGAUGGUCUAGCUAAGAAAAGCAUACAUAUGGGAGUUGCCAAAAAGAUAAAAAAUGCUUCACGGAAAAUCGUCCUGGAUAAGGCAGAAGAAGCAAGUGUUGCUGCCUUUUCUGCUUUCAAGUCUCUUGGAAUCAAUGUUCCUCAGAUUCCUCGUCCUAGUCUUUCUAACAGUUCUGACAAUUCUCCUCAACAUGAUAAGAAAAUUAUGGUGUUGGAUAACAGUUCUGAAGAAAUUAUAGUACAAAAGUUUGAAAAGGAAAUAAAUAGCACUAAGGGGACAGCAGGGACUUCAAAUUUUCCAACUUCAGGACCUUCUAAUGAAGUGAUUAUUGCCAAGCACGAGUCUGACAACAAAGAAAGAGCUAUGGAACAAAUUUUAACAAUCCAUAGUAGCAUACGGAGUUUCAACAAAGGUCCCUGUUUUGCAAGCACAUUUCCUGGUGGUUUUGUUUCCUUCUUAGAACAGAUGGAUCUGAGAAGGGAGUUCUAUUUUGAUCUUCAUUACAGCAAGUUACCAGAUCAAAAUUCCUCGCUACGUUUUGAAGUUUUUGGUUUGGCUGUUUGUUGGGAAAACUCACCAGUAUACUACAUCAAUUUUUUGAAGGAUUUUCUACAUUCCGGGAAGGAAAACAGUUCAAGCAAUCCCAUCUGGACUUUGGUUAAGAGUAGAUGGGAAAAGUUGGGUAAGAUAUUGAGUAGAAAUGUCGUUCAUAAAUUCACUUGGAACUUGAAAGCUCAGAUCCAGGUAUUAAAAGCUCCAUGUAUUUCACUUCAAAGAUUCAGCAGAUAUGGGCUUGAACAAAAAAUGUUGAAUGACUCUGAGCUUAUUGGUAGUUCAUAUAUUUUGUUGCCGACUAUCUCCGUGCAUGAUGGGAUUGAUUUAUGUCUAAUGGCGUGGAGCCUUUGGCCAGAUGAGGAGAGCAAGUCCACUCCCAACCUUGAGAAGUUAGUCAAGAAGCGGUUAACUACUGAAGCUGCAGCAGCUGCUAACCAGGUAGGCAGGUGGAGAAAUCAAAUGCGUAAGGCUGCUCAUGAUGGCUGCUGUAGGCGUGUUGCACAAACUCGAGCUCUGAGUUCUGUCAUCUGGAAACUUCUUGUUUCUGAAAACCUGGUUGAUGUGCUCUCCAGAAUUGAGAAUCCCAUGGUUAAAGUCCUCGCGGACAUGGAACUUUGGGGUGUGGGUGUUGACUUCGAAGCUUGUCUCAGAGCAAGGCAUGUUUUAAUGGGAAAACUCAAGGAACUUGAACAUGCCGCACACAAUCUGGCUGGUGUGCCAUUUUCUCUUUAUUCAACUGUGGACAUUGCACAUAUACUUUAUACUCGCUUGAAAUUAACGAUACCUAAUAAUAGGAAGAGUGGAAAGCUUCAUCCUAGCACGAACAAACGCUCUUUGGAUCUAUUGAGGGGACAACAUCCCAUCAUUUCAGUUAUUAAAGAGCACAGGACAGUUUCAAAGCUAAACAGUACAAUAGGGUCCAUUUGCUCUCGAGCUCGGUUGUGUAGUAAUUCCCAAAAGUAUAUAGUGCGGGGUCAUUGGCUUCAGACUUCAACAGCUACCGGGAGGCUUUCAAUGGAGGAACCAAAUCUUCAAUGUGUCGAACAUAUGGUUAACUUCACGGCCCAUGAUCCCGAUACGAAGAACUCAAGCUCAUUAGAUAGCGAUCGUCAUCAAAUAAAUCCUCGUGAUUUCGUCAUUCCUACUCAAGAGAAUUGGUUAUUUCUCACUGCUGAUUACUCCCAAAUAGAGCUACGACUCAUGGCACAUUUCUCAAAUGAUUCUUCACUAGUUGCAUUGCUAAGAAAACCCGAUGGUGAUUGUUUCACGAUGAUAGCGGCGAGAUGGACUGGUAAGCUGGAGUCUACGAUUAGCUUGAAGGAGAGAGAGCAGACCAAAAGAUUAGUGUAUGGUAUCCUUUAUGGGAUGGGUCCUAACUCCCUCGCAGAGCAACUUGAGUGUAGCCCAAGAGAAGCUGCUGAAAAAAUUGAAACCUUCAAGUCUUCCUUCCCUGGUGUUUCUGCCUGGAUGAACGAAGCCGUUGCUUUUUGCUGUGAUAAAGGAUAUGUAGAGACCUUAAUGGGAAGAAAGCGGUUUAUUUCAAAAAUAAAUUUUGGAGACUUUAAAGAGAAGGCUAAAGCGCAGAGACAGGCUGUUAAUUCAAUUUGCCAGGGCUCAGCUGCUGAUGUGAUCAAAGUUGCAAUGAUAAAAAUCCACACAAUCAUUGUUGAAGGUGUUUUUGCUGAUGCAGACAGUAGAUCUGAAAUGCGAUUCUCCAGUCUGAGAGGUCAAUGUAAACUUAUUUUGCAGGUGCAUGAUGAACUUGUGUUAGAAGUUGAUCCCCGUUUAUUGAGGGAGGCUGCAGAACUACUUAAAACAAGCAUGGAGGGCGCUGUUUCACUUUCAGUUCCCCUGUGCGUCAAAAUGAAGAUUGGAAGAACAUGGGGUACGCAGGAGCCUUUCAUGCUAGAUUCUUAAGAUUUUUAAUGAAAAGAAAACAAGCUAUCUGAGGUUUCUUGUAAUUUAUGGAUUCUGGUAAGUUGUACCAAUUUCCUAUA